AUGUCGCUCAAGCCACUCACCCCGCCGCUGCGCUUCUCGACCGUCGCCUUUUCCGGCAAUGACAGGCCCUCGACAUCUGGACCCCAUGCCGGAACGGACGACCCUCGUAGCCAUCCGCAUCACCGCGAAUCGGUCUAUCGAGGCGCGUACCCCAAGGCGCGCAACCUCUAUUUCCUCUCGCGGCUGCACCUCCGCACCGUGCUCAGCUUGACGCCGAGGCCGUUGGACAAUGAUGCCGCCAUCCUGCAGUGGUCCUCAUCGUCGGAAUCUGCUGCGACUGCGCCGUCGGUGGCGGAAAAAGCGUCCCAGCUCGGCGUCCAGCUCGUCCAUGUGCGGUGCGAAAAGCCCAAGGACGAGAGCGGCGGCCUCACGCGCGAAGGUGCGGCGCGGGCGCUCUCGGUGCUCCUCGAUCGGCGCAAUCAUCCGAUCUACGUGCACUGCCUGGACGGUGUAGAGGUGACGAGCACGCUCGUCGCCUGCAUGCGCAAGGUGCAGGCCUGGUCGACACCUGCCAUCCUCGCCGAGCUUGGACGCGCGCUGCGCGAUUCCAGCUCGUCCGAGUGGACCGAGGUGCCCUCGCAUCUGUCGUCCUUUCUCACCAAGUUCGGCCAGCCUGACGGUAUGCGUCUGCCGCCCCGCAACCAUAUCCCGUCCUGGCUAUGGCCCGCGCCCAACCCGCUCUCCAUCCUGGCCGAUCCGUAUGCGUGGGCACCCAGCUCGCAUCACAACGGCCCCUCCAACGGCAACAGCUCUCAAGACGCAUCCAAUGGAGCCGAUUUGCAGAUGGCAAAGAGUCCCUCGCAUGCGCCCGUAUCCUCCGCAUCGUCCGACACUCUGGCUGUCUCUUCCGCCAGAUCUGUGCCUCAGCAACGCGCGCACGCAUCAUUACGGCGUGAUAGGCAGCUGCCCAUCCAUCAUCCCACGCUCAAGCUCCACUUUGAGACGGACCCAGACUUGCCCGCCGAGCCUUGUCCACCGUCGGUCUCCGCAGCUGUCUCGAGCACUGCAUCUUCCGGUGUGCAUCGGCCAGCAACACCUUCGCGUCCACUGCAGGCACACUCGCGCACCUCGUCACACAACAGCAUCGCAAGCCUGCGCACUCCGCCGCAUUCCAGGCCAUCCAGUCGCGCAGGUCGACCUCCCACUGCAAGCACCGCCGGCUCGCAUCCACUCGCAUCGCGCUCCGCCUCGCUGGCGCCAGACCAGGCGAGCUCGGCACGAAGGAACGUCAACACAGCUCGAGAUCCGUCCAGCGCGUCGCUCCUCAGUCCCAGUCCAGCAAGCGCUGCUGGGGGGCUGUCCGAGAGCCAGCUGCCCUCCGUAGCGGCCUUCCUGGAAGAUCAAUUGCUCGACGAUGCUGGGCCGGGCGUCCAUCGUACUUCCGACGGCUCGCCUGUGCGUCCUGGACGUUUCGACACGGCCAUGCCGAGAUUCGCGGAUCAGCCGCUUUGCUUGCAUACGGCCUCUUCCUCGACCGACUCGGGCUCGCUCUCGAUCGAGACCAAGCCGCCACUCGCCACAGCGCACACCGACGACCUCGACGUCAGCACGCCACGCGCUCGGCCCACCACAUCGAGCAACUUCAACAUCGGCAUCGCCGGCACAGUCUUUCACCACGACGACGAGAUUACGGAUCACGAGGGUGAUCUGGCCUCGAGCAUCGGACGCAGGAGCGUCGCGCCAGGGUACAGGGGUGGCACUCCGGGGUCCCGCGUGGUGGUUCCGCUCGAGAAGCGACGGCAGCGCGCAGUCGAGCUGGAUGCACACCAUGUCGAGGGCGAACAGACUCCGACAAAAGCAAGCGCCACAGCGACCAAGCCGAAUCCCGCCGCGCAUGCCAGCCGCACAACCAUGCAGCCAUCCGCUUGGAUCGUGGCUUCAGACCCGAACGAUCCAUUCGUCGGGCCUUCAGAUGGAUUGCAAGUGCGGAGAAGAAACGCUGACGUCCAAGCAUCCCGCACGCAAGACGCCAGCGCUGCAUCCUCCAGCGAAGAACAGCACAGCACGGCGCAAGCACUUGGACGCCCGGACUCGGACACGGGGCGGGAUAACAUCGAUGAAGGACGCAGCCUUGGAAACGACAAUGACCAGGAGUCCGACCACGGCCAAGAUGCAGCCGAUGGAGAGGAGCAAGAGACGAGUGAGGAGGAGGAGGAAGAAGAAGAAGAAGAGGAAGAAGAAGAGGAGGAGGAAGAAGAAGAGGAAGAGGAGGAAGAGGAAGAGGAAGAGGAUGAUGAGGACGAAGAUGAUCUCGCGCUCGAAGCGCUGGAUCUGGAAGGCUACUGA